AUGGCUGCUCCAAACCGAACCACCGGCAAUGACUUCACUGUCAAGGCCGGCCUCGCCCAGAUGCUGAAGGGUGGCGUUAUCAUGGAUGUCGUGAACGCCGAGCAGGCCCGCAUCGCCGAAGAAGCCGGUGCCGCUGCCGUCAUGGCCCUCGAGCGUGUCCCCGCUGAUAUUCGCGUUGAAGGUGGCGUCGCGCGCAUGUCUGACCCUGGUAUGAUCAAAGAGAUCAUGGAAGCCGUAACCAUUCCCGUCAUGGCCAAGGCCCGUAUCGGACAUUUUGUUGAAUGCCAGAUUCUAGAAGCCAUUGGCGUUGACUACAUCGACGAAUCCGAGGUCCUCACCCCCGCCGACGAUGUAUACCACGUCACCAAGUACAACUACAAAGUCCCUUUCGUCUGCGGUUGCCGCAACCUCGGGGAGGCCCUGCGCCGCAUCUCCGAAGGCGCCGCUAUGAUCCGGACUAAGGGCGAGGCUGGCACUGGUGAUGUCGUGGAGGCCGUUAAGCACAUGCGCACCGUCAAUGCACAAAUCAGUCGUGCCCGUGGUAUCCUCCUCGCUAGCCAGGACGCCGAGCCUGAGUUGCGCGCGUUCGCCCGUGAGAUCGAGGCUCCCUAUGAGCUUGUUCGCCAGGCUGCUGAGCUCGGCCGUCUACCCGUUGUUAAUUUCGCCGCUGGCGGUGUUGCCACCCCUGCCGAUGCAGCGCUUAUGAUGCAGCUGGGCUGCGAUGGUGUCUUUGUUGGCUCUGGCAUCUUCAAGUCCGGUGAUGCUAAGAAGCGCGCCCGCGCUAUUGUCCAGGCUGUUACUCACUACAAGGACCCCAAGAUUCUAGCUGAGGUUAGCCAGGGUCUUGGUGAGGCCAUGGUAGGUAUCAACGUUAAGCACUUGCCGGAAGCUGACAAGUUGGCUGGCCGCGGUUGGUAA